AUGGAAAACAAGUCUCAAGAACAGGCUGUUGAUCCUGACGUGGACAAUAUGAUUCUCGACUAUCUGCUAUGCAUGGCAAUUCGAGCAGUGAUAAAUGAGCGUGUUAUUCAGAGGACGGAAGGCCAUUCGCAUAAAGAUGCCGAGCACCUUCUGAACAUAGUUGAUGACCAGAAACUGACUGACGACAUCGCACUCAAAUUUCAAGUUCUUACUUUUGCGAACCUCUUCUUACGUCGAUAUCGAGAUUCUGUAUACCUGCCUUCCCGUAAAACACUUCAGAAACGACGUAUAACAAAUAGAAAGAGGGCAAAAUUAUGGGUUGAGCGGAAUAAAGCCGUCAUGUCGCAGGGCCGGAAUAACUUGUAUACAUUCGGCAACGGUUUCUCGCUUGAUAAAAACUACAAGGACAUGCGUGAGCACAUGGGACUGCCACCUGACAAUAGUAUGGAUUGGAACUCCCGUGUGUCUUUAUUGGAUAUCCUCCCUGAGUAUAUGGCGCUGGGCGAUGUCAUCCCUUCCGUACUUCGGCAGACGUGGAUGGAGAACGCCAUUCUACUGAUGCUACAAUGUGCGCUAGAACAGGUGCUCGUUUAUGGAGAAACAGAAGCAGAGAAGAUAGACGAAGCCUUUGCUUGGGAUUGGCCAUACAGCCACAAUUGGCUUGGGAAUGGAACAGAGAAGGCAGCCUGGACAACGUCGCGAGAUGUCAUGAGAUGCUCCUUGAUUCCUUCGGGAACAUCCACCAGUGAAGUCAAUCUCAAGCGGCUUUCAUUCAAAUACCCUCUGUUCGAAGUUGAGGGUGCUAUCUUAGAUUCAUUGAACGAUCUACUCAACAUGCUGGAGAUCCCAAUUCUGCAACGGCUGGGAUUAGGAACUGCAUCGGAGUUGAAUGUCAUGGACGUGACAGGCGAAUAA